AUGUGACGUCAUUUGUCGCAUGGAAAUGACGUGACUGAGCAGCACGUUUGUUGUGCAUGAGUACUGUAUAUCAACACCAAGCAGGCACGUCGUUUACAAGGUCGAUUUUAAGGUAACAUGGCGAAGAAUAAACAAAAAGGAAAAAAACAGAAGAAUGUUUUUCAAGUGGCUAACAAACACCCGAAACACAAGAACAAGGCGAAACCUGUCACAACCACACUCAAACAUAUCAAUGCAGUGAAAAAUGAGAAGGUGGAGAACCUCAAUCAAAUCUUCACAGAAGUCCAGCGGGAUGUUAAGAGUGUUUCAAAAUCUGUUGCUCCUGAACCAAAGAAACAAACACAGCAAACACAGGUUGUCAGACAGCCAGUGAAGGAAUCUGUAAGUGUUGAAAACACUGCUCAUCUUCUCUCUCAGCUAUAGCAGACCAAGAAUGAAACACAUGAACACUGAUGGCAGACAACAUGAACCACUCCUCACUGCUCAUGCUUAAUGUUUAAAAUAAAGUCUCAGAGGAUCUGUCAGUUCACUUCAAUACAUUUUGACAUUUCAUGCCAAAUACCAACUGCAGAGAAGCUAGUUAGAAGAGGCUGUGUGUCAUAAAACAUCCUGUACAUUCAUUGCAAAGAAAUGUAAUAAUAUAUGGCUUGUGCAUUGUCAACAGUGAGAUAUAUUUUAAUUGA